ACCCUAGUGGGACUCUAGUGCGACAUCCUCGCCUGCCCGAAGGAGGAAUGAUCAGCAGGGACAACAGCUGCAAACAAGUGACACCCAGAAGGCAGGAGCUUCUGUAAGUGCUUGGACUGUGCAAGACCCAAGCCAUGGCAUUGUCACUGGAAGAGUUCGUUCACUCCCUUGACCUCAGGACGCUUCCUAGGGUCCUAGAAGUCCAGUCAGGCAUCUAUUUUGAAGGUUCCAUUUAUGAAAUGUUUGGAAAUGAAUGCUGUUUGUCAACAGGAGAAGUGAUUAAAGUUACUGGUCUCAAAAUUAAGAAGAUCAUAGCUGAAAUUUCUGAGCACAUUGAGGGUUGUGAGUCUCUACAACCAUUUGAGCUGCCUAUGAAUUUUCCAGGUCUUUUUAAGAUUGUGGCUGAUAAAACUCCAUACCUUACUAUGGAAGAAAUAACAAGGACCAUUCACAUUGGAUCAAGUAGACUAGGGCAUCCUUGCUUCUAUCAUCAGAAGGAUCUAAAGCUAGACAAUCUCAUUGUAAAACAUGGUGAGCAAAUCAUGCUCAACUCAGUUGAAGAGAUCAGUGGAGAAAUAAUGGUGAACUGUGGAGUGGUAAGGAAUCAGCAGAAUCACUCAUUUACUUUGCCUUUGUCACAUGAAGGAGAAUUCUAUGAGUGUGAAGAUGAACAUAUUUAUACCCUAAAGGAGAUUGUUGAAUGGAAGAUCCCAAAGAACAGAACACGAACUGUGAAGCUUACUGGUUUUUCAAAUAAGUGGGACUUAACAAAUCCAUUCCCUAAAGGCUUUUAUGGUGCUCUGGUUCUCAAGCCUGUUUAUGAGAUUCAAGGUGUGAUGAAAUUCCGAAAGGAUAUAGUUCGUAUCCUCCCCAGUUUAGAUGUUGAAGUCAAAGACAUUACUGACAGUUAUGAUGCCAACUGGUUUCUUCAGCUGUUAUCUACACAAGAUCUCUUUGAAAUGACCAGUAAAGAGUUCCCCAUAGUGGCUGAAGUCAUAGAGGCACCUCAGGGAAACGAGCUGCCCAGAAGCACUUUACAGCCUGGGAAAACCAUUGUGAUCCACAAAAAGUACCAGGCAUCGAGAAUCUUAGCUUCAGAAAUUCGAAGCAAUUUUCCUAAAAGGCACUUCUUGAUCCCCACUAGUUAUAAAGGUAAAUUCAAGCGGCGGCCUCGGGAGUUCCCAACUGCCUAUGACCUUGAGAUAGCAAAGAGUGAAAAGGAGCCUCUCCACGUGGUGGCCACCAAGGCCUUUCAUCCCCCUCAUGAUGAGCUAUCAUCUGUAUCUGUCGGGGACCAGUUUCUAGUGCAUCACUCACAGACGACUGAAGUCCUUUGUGAGGGAAUUAAAAAAGUGGUGAAUGUUCUGGCCUGUGAAAAAAUCCUCAAAAAAUCCUAUGAGGCAACACUGCUCCCUUUGUACAUGGAAGGAGGUUUCGUAGAGGUGAUUCAUGAUAAGAAACAGUACCAGAUUUCUGAGCUCUGUGCACAGUUCCACUUGCCCUUCAACGUGAAGGUAUCUGUGAGAGAUCUUUCCAUUGAAGAAGACAUUUUGGCUGCUACACCAGGACUGCGGCUGGAGGAAGCUAUCACAGACUCUUAUCUACUCAUAAGUGACUUUGCCAGCCCCAAGGAGUGCUGGGAAAUUCCUGUCAGCCGCUUAAAUAUGACUGUCCAGCUAGUUAAUAGUUUUUCUGGGGACACAGGAUCAGUUCUAGUCAGGAGUCUGGUUGAAGAGAUCACCGAAGAACAGUAUUACAUGAUGCGAAGAUAUGAAGGCUCUUUUUCCCACCCCCCACCUCGCCCUCCCAAACAUCCCUCAGUGGAGGAAACAAAGCUUACCCCGUUCACCUUACCAGAAAACAGGGCUGUGGGUCUGCUUAAGUCUCCCAAGAGUCUCCAUGUAGACAUAUCCAAGAAACUGCGCUCAAAUCAAGCUGGCCUGGAUUCAAAAGUACCAGUUGGUUGUCAAAGUGCUUUGGCCGAAUUGGAGAAAGAGAGAAGCAAGAGUGGGGCAGCUCAACUAGCAGCGCCCAGUGUAACCACAGAGAAUCCUUUCUCAAUUGAGCAAUGUUGGCAAACUCCUAAAACUCAUAGGCCAAUUUUCUGUUUUUUCAAAAAACAGUGAAUAAUUAGUGGUUUUCAUUUGGUAUAUGAGAACAAUAAAACUAUUACUUUUAGUAAAUUCAGUCCUUUGAUAGGAAAAUCAAGAGAAUGCAUGCCUUAGGUUUGGUCAUUAACCACCUGGGUCUUUCUAGGGGACAUCAUCUAUAAACAUCUCUAACUUAAUACAAAUCCUUUUAGGUACUUCGCUUCCAGGGCUAUUGCUAUUGAAAAGUGUUAAUCAAUGUCAAGUUCAUCUGUGGAAGAUUUUGGAAGGUUGAAAAUAAAUUUUCUA